UGCCAAUUUAUUAUCAGGAGCAAUCUAUACAUAAACUACAUACCUGCAUAGAAGCUUGUGGUUGAAGUUUGGGAGCAACAUCUGUUUAUUAGCGCAGUGUUUUGGGUGUCAGCAAUAACCAGAGCUAAAUCAUGGCUUUUCGAAAGGCAAUGAAAGGAACUAUCCUUAUUGGAGGAGGUGCUGUAGCAACUGUUUUUGCCCUCUCGCAACUUUCUCAGUAUAGAAAAAACCAUGGUCAUCUUGCAUCUGUGGAAGCUUCAGAAUGUAGAUGUUUACCAGUGCUAAAUUCCCUUCCAACUAGAGAGAGUCAUCUCAAGGCUUUGAGGGAAGUCCAUGAAUAUGAUGUUCUUAUCAUAGGUGGAGGUGCCACAGGAAGUGGUUGUGCCUUAGACGCUGUUACAAGAGGCCUGAGGACAGCCCUUGUAGAAAGGGAUGAUUUCUCAUCCGGGACUAGCAGCAGAAGUACUAAAUUGAUCCAUGGUGGAGUGAGAUAUCUACAGAAGGCCAUCAUGAACUUGGAUUUUGAGCAGUAUAGAAUGGUGAAAGAAGCUCUCCAUGAACGUGCCAACUUGCUUGAAAUUGCACCUCAUUUAUCUGCUCCUCUACCUAUAAUGCUUCCAAUUUACAAGUGGUGGCAGCUGCCCUAUUACUGGGCGGGAAUUAAGUUGUAUGACCUAGUAGCAGGAAGCCAUUGCCUGAAAAGCAGCUAUGUGCUUAGCAAAUCAAGAGCCCUGGAACUUUUUCCUAUGUUGCAGAAGGACAGACUUGUGGGUGCCAUAGUCUACUAUGAUGGACAACACAAUGAUGCACGAAUGAACCUUGCCAUCGCCCUCACCGCUGCCAGGUAUGGGGCUGCCACAGCCAAUUACACUGAAGUGGUGCACUUGCUGAAGAAGAUGGACCCAGAGAGCGGGAAGAGCCAGGUUUGCGGAGCAAGGUGCAGGGACGUUCUAACAGGGCAGGAAUUUGAUGUCAAAGCCAAAUGUGUUAUCAAUGCUACAGGACCUUUCACAGAUUCUGUGCGGAAAAUGGAUGAGCAGGAAGUACCAAACAUCUGUCAGCCAAGUGCAGGAGUUCAUAUUGUGAUGCCCGGCUAUUACAGCCCUGAUAAUAUGGGACUUCUUGACCCAUCCACUAGUGAUGGACGAGUGAUUUUCUUCUUGCCAUGGCAAAAGAUGACUAUUGCUGGUACUACAGAUACUGCAACUGAAGUUACCCAUCAUCCAAUACCUACAGAAGAAGAUAUCAACUUCAUUUUGACAGAAGUGCGCAACUACCUUAGCUGUGAUGUUGAAGUGAGGAGAGGAGACGUUCUGGCAGCAUGGAGUGGGAUUCGUCCCCUUGUGACGGAUCCCAAUUCUAAAGACACCCAGUCCAUAUCUCGGAAUCACGUGGUACACAUUAGUGACAGCGGCCUUGUGACUAUUGCAGGUGGGAAGUGGACAACCUAUCGCUCAAUGGCCCAGGAUACCAUUGAUGCUGCAGUAAAAGCUCAUAAUCUUCAGGCCGAUCCCUGUAAAACUGUAGGACUGCUCCUGCAGGGCGCAGAGGGCUGGAGCCCUACCCUUUAUAUCCGACUGGUUCAAGAUUACGGACUUGAAAAUGAGGUGGCUCAACAUCUUGCAAAUACAUUUGGGGACAAGGCUUUUGAAGUGGCAAAACUAGCCCAGGUAACUGGGAAGAGGUGGCCUAUCGUUGGGAAACGUCUUGUCUCAGAGUUUCCAUAUAUUGAGUCAGAGAUUGAGUAUGCCAUCAGUGAAUAUGCUUGCACUGCAGUGGACAUAAUUGCUCGUCGCACCCGUUUGGCUUUUCUGAAUGUCCAGGCUGCUGAUGAAGCCUUACCAAGAAUCAUUGAGAUAAUGGGGAAGAAACUGAGAUGGAGUGAACAGAAGAAGAAGGAAGAACUUGCAGAGGCAAAAAAGUUCCUGUACUACGAAAUGGGCUACAAGGCACGGUCAGAGCAACUGACAGAUCGGAGUGAAAUCACUUUAUCCCCAGGAGAUAUUGAGAGAUAUAAAAAAAGAUUCUACAUGUUUGAUAAAGAAGGCAAAGGUUUUAUUACAAUAUUGGAUGUGCAACGUGUGCUAGAGAGCAUCAACCUUCAAAUUAAUGAAAGUGCACUCCAUGAGAUUUUGAAUGAAGUGGAUUUGAACAAAAAUGGGCAGGUUGAACUCAACGAGUUUUUGCAGCUCAUGACUGCUAUUCAGAAAGGAUAUGUAUCUGGAAGUCGGCUGGCUGUACUUAUGAAAGCAGCUGAAGAGAACAUUCAUCAGCGGGAAGUGAUUUCUGUGGACCGGAGUUGUGGUGGACUGUGAGUUUGGGGGCACUUACAGCUGCAAGAAGGUGUGCCCUGUGGUUGUUUCUCUCAAUGCUGAAAAACAUUCCACUGCUUUCAGACGUCUCUGCUUCCCCUCCUCACUCUGAGCAACUGUGCAGAAAGUCACAUUGUACAGUUCUUUUUAUGUUUCUGUGAAGAGUCUACUUGACCAGUGGCCUGUUGAAUUGGCUUUCUCUAGAAUCCAUGGCAGUUAAGACCCUGAAAAGGAGAAAUAAUCUAGCCUUCUCUUUUUCUGGGCUAAUCUGGGGAGAUGUACAUUCUGAGGGGCAGGGGAUCCAUGUGGCAACCAGACAUGGAUGUGAGUUUCUUUUUGCCAUUUAUACAAAAGCAAGAAUAAUGUCUCUUCUACAUUAAUAGGGUCCUCCCCCCAUUCUCUUUCUGCCUUUUGAUGCAUAAAACAGGCAAAAGUGGACGAUGCCAGCAUGCCUUUAGUGUCUUGAAAAUUUACUUUUUUGUUAAAUCUCCAGAUACUUUUCUUUUCUCCCCACCCCUUCAGAGAAGUACGUUGUGCUAAAUAUUCAUCGCUUGCCUAGAACUUUGGUGCAAACAUUUUUUAUAAUGGCCACAGUCUAUUAGAAAGCGCAUGCCAUAAAAAUGAGUGAUUUAUUAUGGAAGAGAGCGCUUGCAUUUAGAAUUUUGUAGACUGUAUCCCAAAAUAGAAGUGAAUGUCCAGCUUAGGAACUGCAGUGAUACAGUUGUAUUUUAAUAAGAGGAUAUGCAGGGCCCAAUUCUUCUAAAACGUCCUAAACCCAAAUAGCCAGCGUAAAAUAGAAAUACACAUAUCAAAUGUGCUUGUUUGUUUACCAUAGAAAGAAAUUCCCACUCCUUCUGAUGUAUACCUUGAAUACAAAAAAAAAAAAAGCUAUACCUUAUAUCGUGUAGGUGGUUUUGCUUUGUUCUGAAAUUUCCAUAGAAACUUUAAGAAAAGGUUUCUGAAAUCUGACUUCAUCUGUGAUAGGUGCCCCAUAGCUCCUCUGAAAAGCAUAGUGAAGAAAUAUUGGGCAAGAUUUCAUUACCUUCUUGCUAGGGUUGCCAGCUCAGUUUUAGGCUUUUU